AUGUCUGACCUGUCAGAAUUCCAAAGAGGGAUGUUUGUUGGGGCGCGUUUAAGUGGAGCAUCGGUGACAGAAACAGCAAACCUUUUGGGGUUUGCAAGAAGUACUGUAUCAGCCGUUAUGACAGCAUAUAUGAAAGAAGGUAAGACGAAGUCUUCAAAGCAAAACAGUGGCCGAAAGUCAAAGCUUGAUGAUAGGGUUAGACGUGUCUUGCAGCGCGUAGUUGUUCGAAAACACAAGCAAUCGUUAUCCGAGAUAUCAUCAGACAUGAACAGUCAUUUUCAGGAUUCCGUUUCAACAAGAACUGUUCAAAGAGAACUUCAUGCAGGAACAUUUAUGGGAGAGUGGCAAUUCAUAAACCCUUGGUGA